UGAGAUAUAUCCGGUGCACUGUAUGACUUCACAAACACAGCUUUUGCUUUCUGUGGACUAUAAGUCGUCAACUUAUUUCACCCCGUUUCAACUUUUGAUCUAUUUUUAUCGGCUACCUGCAGUUUUUAAACUACAGAACGAUAAGUUCCAGCAAAUAAGAUCAUGGACAAGCUGAAGUCAGCGAUGCAGGACGUAUUUUCUUCACAGCCUUCAGGACCACCCACGGUGGUUGCUGAUGGUGAAAGUGUUGUGACCGUCAGAGAAAUACGGAAUGUAAAAGGAAACGCCUUCUCCACGACAAUCGAAACUGAGAGUGAUCCACGACGUCGUCCAUCUGGGAAUGUUGGACAAGCUGCCCCAGCAGAUUACAGUGCACACGAUGGCAGUGUAAUAUGUGCUGACACAAUAUCAGAUGUCACUAUUGUCGGCAAUAUUGAUUUCACAGUGAAAACAUCAUCAUCAAAAAUACGUGCAGGUGACAUUUUGCCAACUUAUUACAAGUGGUCCAUUAUAUAUUUGUCUUUUUUCAGUCUCUCGUUCACGAAUCAAAGCAAUGAAAGAAAACUUUCUGUGCGGGUCAAUUCAGUAAAUCCUAUCACUGCUCUCCUCUCAGGAACAGUAGAUGAGACUCCAUCUUCCUCUCAGGGCCCUGCUGUAAAAAUAAUCACUGAGCACAAGGUGGAACUCAUUGUCUGCCUGAUGGCGGAUCACUCCUUCAUUCUGCAGCACGUACAUGCCAAACAAAUCAUCACUGACAGACAGUAUCAGAAUAUGAAGCAUAUCUCACAGCCAGAAAAAACUAUUACUAACCUGAUCGAUCAGGUGAUUUGUAAAGGUCAAGAAACCUGCUCUUCUUUUCUUGAAGUUCUCAAACAACCCGAUGUUCUGACGACUUAUCCACAGCUCAAACACAUUACAAAAAAAUGGUGCUAAGUAAUGCUUAGUGCUGGGGAUAUUAAUGUAAUUGAAAAACAGACAAUUGGAGGCUAAAUUUGAGGAUAUGGGGAACAAACUAUACUUCUAUAUCUGUCUUUUUUUAGACGCACAUAGACAGGAUCACACACAGGGACUAACAGUUAGAAAGGGUUAUUGUUAUGAAAUCAAUGUAUGCAAUUUUGGAAAAAUAAAAAUCCCUGAAUUACA